GUCGCCAUGGAGGAUCGAGUAUUGAAAGGAUUCGUGCUAAUCUGCGUUUUCGGUAGCGUCGUGUGCGAUCUCGAAGAUUUCUUCGGUAACUUUCCAGUUGAUGUUAAGAACGAAUUCUUUAGCGCUUGGGAUUCGUUGAUAGAUGCUAUCAAGCAACCGGUCAGAAUAAAAAGACUAGGAUCUGAUGGAAAACAUAAGACUUGGGCUAUUCCGGCUACAACGGCUUCGACCACAACUAUCCUGAAAACUAUAACCACUGAGCCAUCGAUCACAAAAUUAGCAAUACCAAUUCUGCCAGUACCUAGAUGGAGCUUUCUAGAGCGAUGGAGGGGUAUGGAAGUACCUAGGAUACCGGGUUUUGUGAAAGCCCGCCAUUUCACUGGACCACAACAAUACAAGCCGAGUCUGACCGACGAAGAUAAUUUCGGAGUAUUAAUGUUCAUUUGAUUAAUAGCAUUUUAUGAAUUACAAAUAUUACUAAUCGCUUUUUUUAUACUCGCCGUGAGUAAACUAUACGGCUAUGGAAA